AGGAGCAGGAGAAGGAGGAGCAGGAGGAGAAACAGACAGAGGAGCAGCAGGAGGAGCAGGAGGUGCAGGGGGGACCUGGGCCAUGGCUCCGCAGCAGGACUGGGACUCCUCCUCCCGGAGCUGAAGCUGGACCCUCCUGCGGUUGAGGAGCGGAGCAGACAUGAACCAGUCGGAGUCCUGGCUCCUGGAGGAGCAGUGGAACCUGAGCAGGAGGUCCGAGGAGCAGCAGGAGGAGGACCCUAAACUUUUGCUGGGGAUCGGCGCAGAUAACCUGGUGACGCUGCUGGUGUUCGGGCUCAUCUUCACGCUGGGGGUGGUGGGGAACUCCAUGGUCAUCACGGUGCUGGCUCGCAGUAAACCCGGCAGACCCCGGAGCACCACCAACAUCUUCAUCCUGAACCUGAGCAUCGCGGACCUGUCCUACCUGCUCUUCUGCAUCCCCUUCCAGUCCACCAUCUACAUGAUGCCCACCUGGGUGCUGGGCGCCUUCAUCUGUAAAUUCAUCCACUACUUCUUCACCGUGUCCAUGCUGGUCAGUAUCUUCACCCUGUCCGCCAUGUCCGUGGACAGGUACGUGGCCAUCGUCCACUCCAGAAAGUCCUCCUCCAUCCGCGUGGCCACGCACGCGCUGAUCGGGGUGCUGGUCAUCUGGGUCCUGUCCCUGGCCAUGGCCGCGCCCGUCAUGUACUACCAGAACAUCUUCCACGGAGGACAGAACCACACCUUCUGCUGGGAAGUGUGGCCGGACCAGAACCACAAGAAGGUGUACGUGGUGUGCACCUUUGUGUUCGGGUACGUGCUGCCGCUGCUGCUCAUCUCCUUCUGUUACGCAAAGGUUCUAAACCACCUGCACAAAAAACUACGAAACAUGUCCAAGAAGUCAGAGGCAUCCAAGAAAAAGACUGCCCAGACCGUCCUGGUGGUGGUGGUGGUCUUCUGCCUGUCCUGGCUGCCUCAUCAUGUGGUCCACCUGUGGGUGGAGUUCGGGACCUUCCCCCUGAACCAGGCGUCUUUCGUGUUGCGAGUUGCCGCCCAUUGCCUGGCGUACAGCAACUCCUCAGUCAACCCGGUCAUCUACGCCUUCCUGUCGGAGAACUUCAGGAAGGCCUACAAACAGGUGUUCAAGUGCCAGAUCGGCGCCGGUGACUCCCCAUUGAACGACAUCAAAGCCGUUCGCAGCAAAGCAGAGACUCCGCCUUCCACCAACUGCACCAAUGUGUGACAGAGGGGGGAGGGGCUUUAAAGGACGACGCCGUUGGAGUCUUGUCUGGACUAUUUGAACUGGAGCUCUGAUUUGACUGUUCCACAUCAGCGCUGUCAGUUCUGUUUGAGUCCAGAUGAAGGACGUGAUCACAGUUGGAUCAGCUUCAGUUUCAGAAUGAGUCUGAAACUUUGGAAAAUGAUCCUCCUUCUAUGUUUAAUGGUCAAAUUUUAUGGUUUUAACCCAUGAAGACCCAGAGCUGCUUCUGUGGCAGCUCCCAGCUGAAGUUUUCUC